AUGAAACAGCUCUUGCGAGAUUUGUUCACUUUAGAUGCCACCGACCUGCCGUACGCUACUGCGUCGGCAGCCGCCGCCGGCCUGGAUCACAUUGUCGUACGCAUCUCCCUAGAUGACCUGCUUCACCGCCACUUGCCGGCCGUCGUACGUACCCUUCAGAGCUUCGACCCGAUGUCUCUGCGUAACGACGUAGCCAUUUCCUGCGCGCUUCAUGAGGCAGCCGCCAGGGGCUUCCGCUGCGCUGCCACCGGUGACGGCGCCGACGAGCUGUUGGGCGGUUACAGCUUCACGCACCGCCUGGAGCCUGCUGCCUGGGCGGCACAUCGGGCCCACAUGGCACGCGUCAUGGAGUUCGGCAGCUCACGGCUGGGACCACACCACGGCGUAUUCGUAGCGUCACCUUACACGCGGCCGGGGUUCAAGGCCGCAGCGCUGCGGCUGGGCAAGGCUGAUUGCGUGCAGGCUCAGCCCGACGGCUCAACCCUCGGCAAAAUGCCACUACGGGAGAUGUUCCCAAACGUUACCGCGGCGAUGCGACGCAAGGACCCCAUCGAGGUGGGUUGCGGUACCACGGCGCUCUCCAAGCCAGGGUAUUUCGACCAUCUCAUCUCCGACGAGCAGUUCGCGUCUGAGAGGACUUACGUCAUGGAGCACCACAAGGUCGAGGUUCGCGACAAGGAGCAUCUGCACUACUACCGGAUUUUCAGGGAAACGUUCCCAAAUGGAGUUGUCCCGGGCAAGCCUCGACAUGGCAGCGACCCAUGUCCGAAGUGCGGAUGUGUCUUUGGCAUACCACAAUUCCACCUGUUGGCAAGCAAAGGCGACGCGACCAUUGUAGCUGUGGUGCAAGAGGUCCUGGGAUUCCUAGCUGCUUGUUCUGUGCAGGAUGUGGUUAGCGUUGCCAUCAAAGUCCUUGAAGAUGGAAUUGCACUCAGCCCGCAGGCAGGCACAGUCCUGCGCCUCGAGGGCGGGCUCAAGCAGGUCAUCAAGCAUUUGAAGGCCGCUUUGACUCUACCUGCCGUGGCGGGUCCUUGCGCCCGGAUCCUGGCGGUGACAGCCGGUACCAGCACCGUCACACAGCAGGCUCUGGCUAAGGAGAAGGGUCUGGGCCAGCUGCUGCUCAACGCCUGUGCUCUGCACGUGAAGGAUUCCGCCAUUGCUGGACCCAUUUGCGAGGCCCUGGCCCACAUCGCCCGGGCACCCAAGGGCGCCUCACAACUGGAGUGCGAGAACCUGUUAGCCGUGAUGCAGGAGAUGCUCGUGUUGUACCUGGGGAAUUGGCCUGUCUUUGGCUGGGUGCUGAAGCUGCUCAAGAACCUCGCCAAGCACGAGUACCUGCAGUCUGGCAACACCACGUUUGGCGGCGGGGCCCCCGGCAGCGGUCCUGCGUCUACCGCCCGCGGAGCUCCUGGCGUCCUGACGUGCACGGGCGAGGGGGUGCGGCUGCUGCUGGGGGUGGCACGCGUGCUGGCGCGCAUUCCUGAGCAACGCAAGCUUCUUAAGAGAGUGAGCCGGACGCUGUGGCUGCUUUGCCCGCAUUUGCUGACGCCUCUGCCCCCUCUGGAACCGCUUGUGCCGCUGCCGUCCAAGGAUGCACCGCACUUGAACAUUGCGUCAGCGGCAGAGACGGAUUCCCAGCGGCAUCAGGAGCUGUUCCCGGAGGAGUACCCCUGGCAGCAGCUGCCGCUGCCGCAGGCGAACCAGUUGCAGCAGCAAACCCCGGGCAACGGUGUAGGGCCCGGAUGGUCGAGCCAGCUGGCGCAGGGAUCUUUUACGGUGCGGCCCACAGGCUCCCUGCCGGCACGCCCACCCUCCGCCCGUCAGACCUGCCGUUCAAUAGCGGCUAUGAACGGCAUGGGCGGUGCUGGCGGCGGUGGCGGGGGCGGCGGAGCCCAAGUGGACGUGGGACCGGGGACUGGGCCGGGUCUGGGGCUGGGACAAACACCGGAGCCCUUUCACGGCUAUGGAACCAGCUUGGACUGUGAGAUGAUGCUUCACGACCUUCAACGCAUCGCUAACCCACGCGGCCUUGUCAACCGAGUGGUCUACAUGAACAUAAGCGCCAGCAGCGGCCCGCCGCCGCUCGGCGGCUCAGCGAUGCCGCCGUUUGGCGUUAGGGAGUCCCAACCGCUGCAGCCGACGCUGCGGUCGGCCCUGCAACCCACGGAUCAAGUCACGUGGCUGCCUGAAGCGGCGGCGGCAGGCCGAGGGUCCGACGGACGCCCCACAUCGGGGACCUUUCCUGAGCUGGCCCGCGUUGCGCCUGGGGAUGCAGGCGAUGGCGGCUCGAACGGCGUUCAGCAGGGGUUAUCCCUGGCCUCCCGUACGGCAUCCUCGCCGGAGUUGGAUCCCUUCCACCUCCCCAACAUCAAUGCCGACCCAUGGGGCCGUGGAGAUGGCAGCGGCACUGGCGGGCUGCAGGCGUUGUUGCGGAGCAGUGGCCGCUCCGCGCCGGUGGCUAUUGGCCCGCUGAGUUCAGCGACCGUCGGCAUUGGCGGCGGCCCUCGACCGCAGUCGCCAUCGCCUCCAUCGCUGUCAUUCCACUCCAACUUUGAGAGCGGAAACCUCCGCUGCGCGACGCAGGUGGGCCCACGCGAGUACGACCUUUUCCUCUCGCCCGAUUUAAAUGACCGCUCGGAGGGCGGCAACCUGUGCCAGUGGUUUUACUUUGCAGUGACAGUGCCGCCGGGAGCGUGCAGCGGCUCGGGCUGGCCUCAGCAAGGCCAGGCUUGCCGUGGCGGCGGCGGCGCUGGUGCCACCGCCCAGUUCUAUCAACAACAAGCCGAACUUCCGGCCUCGUUAGAGUCGGCCGCCGCUGCGGCCGGCGGUAGCAAUAGCAGUAACAGCAGCAAUAACAUCACGUUAUCACCGGGGACGGGGUUGGGCCAGGGGCCAGGUAUCAAGAUGAACAUUGUGAACCUACGGAAGAAGGAGUCGCUGUUCAGUGGGGGAAAGAGGCCGGUAAUGUGCCUUGCGCGGCCUGCCACCGUAGACGGCGAGCCCUCGAUGACGACGCCGCGGUCACGACCCGGCUCGGCGCCGUCACCGGUGACGGACCCCGGGGUCUGGCUCCGCGCCGGCACCCAUAUCAGCUACUAUCCAUCGCCGUACCGGGGGAGGCCGACGGUAGCGGGCGAGGGCGCUGCGUCGCGAAAAGGCAAAAAGCCUUCCGCUGCCGCAGCGGCCGCGGCUGCGGCGGCAGCAAGCCCCGGCGCCACCGGCAACGGCGCUGCUACCGGCGCUAGUGCCGCCGCAGCGACGCAGUCAUCCGGGAAGAGGACCAAGGUUAAAAGCAAGGCGAACGCUAUCGCCGACGGCGCCGAUGGAGACGGAGGCUCCGCCUUCAGCACCACCGCCAUAGGCCCCGGUCUGUACUGCGCGAGCUUUACCCUUCAUUUUCCCGUCCCGGGAACGUACUACGUCGCCAGCUGCUAUCCAUACACGUACAGCGACUUGCAGGCUGUACGACAGCGCGAGUGCAUCUUCAUCACGUCACGGGUACACCCCGGGGAGACGUGUGCCAGCUGGCUUAUGCAGGGCAUACUGGAGUUUCUGUGCUCUUCGGAUCCCGCGGCGGUUACGUUGCGCAACUCUUUUGUCUUCAAGCUUGUCCCCAUGCUGAACCCUGACGGGGUCGUGAACGGCAACUACCGGUGCAGCCUGGCCGGCGUGGACCUCAACAGGGUGUGGGACAGGCCUUUUCGUUGCUUGUACCCAACGGUCUACCACUCGAAGCGUGUUUUACAGCAGCUCGCAGCGGCAGGGCGCUUGGCGCUCUACAUUGAUAUACACGGGCACUCCACAAAGUCGGACACGUUUUUCUAUGGGUGUGAGCCUUCGGCCGCGGCAUUGGCAGCGCAGGGCAAGGCGGCACCGGCGGCCAUAUACGCGUCUCCCAGCGCCCGCUAUGCAACCGGCGGCGUCGAUGGCGAAGCGCAGUUGCUCCCACAACAACAACAGCAGCAGCAGCAGCCGAUGCUGCCGGGCUGUGGCAACGGGACCGGUGGAGGGACUACCAUCGCUGGAGGCCUGAGCGUGCAGGGCAACGGGUUCGGCGGCGGUGUGGGUGCUGGCUACGCUGGCGGUUGCGCAUGGCCGUACGGUAAUGGUGGGCCUCAGCAAACUAGCGCGGCGUCUGCGACGAUGGCGCCGCCAGCGUCGGGACCAACCCCACGGGUCGCAGCGAGGCUACGCGUCCGGAUGCUGCCGUACUUGACGGCACGCAUAUCAUCGGACUUCAGCUUCGCCAAGUGCAGCUUCAAAAUUCGUAAACGCACGCAGGCCAAGCUCUCCGCUGCCCGUGUGGUGGUACACAGAGAGCUAGGGGUGGCUGGCUCCUACACAUUGGAGGCCAGCCUAGCGGGGUCUUCCACGUCAGCAAACCACUUCAGCGCCCGGGACUACCUGGCAAUGGGUCACAACCUGUGCAGGGCGAUUUGCGAGCUGGCCGAGGUGGACGAUGCGGCGCUGCUGGAGGAGAUGAAUGCGCGCGUCACGUUGCCGCCCAUGUGA